CCCCGAGCCUGAGCCCUGGACGCCGGGAGCCGAGGGUCUGGGCGGGCCGGGGCCUGUGCUAGGGAGGCCGCUGGACUUGGAUCGGAGCAGCACUUAGGAGACGCAGGGCAGUAGAACAGAGCCACGAUGGGGACGACAGCCCCAGGGCCCAUUCACCUGCUGGAGCUGUGUGACCAGAAGCUCAUGGAGUUUGUCUGUAAUGUGGAUAAUAAGGACUUGGUGUGGCUCCACGAGAUCCAGGAGGAGGCCGAGCGCAUGUUCACCAGAGAAUUCAGCAAAGAGCCCGAACUGAUGCCCAAAACACCUUCUCAGAAGAACCGACGGAAGAAGAGACGGAUUUCUUAUGUUCAGGAUGAAAACAGAGACCCUAUCCGGAAAAGCAGGUUGUCGCGAAGGAAGUCUCGGAGCAGCCAGCUGGGUUCCCGGCCCCUGCGCAGCAAGGACAAGGUGGAGAAGCUGGCUACGGUGGUGGGGGAGAACGGCUCCGUCCUGCGGAGGGUGACCCGUGCUGCGGCCGCAGCUAUGGCAGCCACCGCGGCUGCUCCUUCGCCCGCCCCUGAGUCUCCCACGACACUGGCCAAGAAGCCCAAAAAUAGCCUCAUCCAGUGCCAGCUGGUGCCCAUGGUGGAGAUAGGCGUCAGCGAUCACCGGAGUGCCGAGCAGCACCUCAGCCAGGUCAAGUCUGCCCAGGCUCAGUCACGGGCUCCGUCCCCAACCCCGGCCCCAGCCACAGCUCCGGCCUCCCACAUCACCGUGAUAUCGGACGAGGAGUCAACACCCAAGAAGUCCGAGGCCCGGAAACUGGAGUCUGUCACCGUGAGCUCCCUGAUGGCUACACCGCAGGACCCCAAGGGCCGAGGGGUCGGAGCGGGGCGGUCCGCCUCCAAGCUCAGGAUCGCGCGGGCCUCCCCAAGCCCGCAGGACUCGCCGGGCUCGCCGGCCUCCCCGUGGCGGGAGCGGGUGCUGGCGCCCGUCUUGCCGGAUAACUUCUCCACGCCCACGGGCUCCCGUGCCGACUCGCGCUCAGUGCGACGCAGCCUGAUUGCCCCGUCUGCCCCGGGUGCCCAGGUCUCGCUGGCCCAGAAGUACUCCCUGGUGUCCAAACAGGAGACCACCGUCCGCAGGUCAAGCAGAAGGAUUGCCAAGAAGGCCACAGAAGAGCCGGCCGCCUCCGCCCGCAUCAUCUGUCACAGUUACCUGGAGAGACUCCUGAGUGUUGAGGUCCCCCAGAAAGUCAGCCCUGAGCAGAAGGAGCCCAACAAGAAGGCUGAGACUGUGGAGGUGGCUGAGCCAGAGGUCCCUGAGAAAGGCAGGAAUCCCUCACGGCCCCACAGUGCCACCAAGAUCGCCAUUAGCACGCCUGGCUCGCAGCCUGUGGCUGGUGGCCAGGAAACGCCCUCUGAAAGGCAGCAAGAGGCCAAGACUGACCAAGCAGAUGGCCCCAAGGAGCCACCCCAGAGUGUCAGGAGGAAGCGCAGCUACAAGCAGGCGGUGAGUGAGCUGGAUGAAGAGCAGCAGCUGGAGGAUGAGGAGCUGCAGCCCCCCAGGAGCAAGACCCCUUCCCCUCCCUGUCCAGCUAACAAGGUGGUGCGGCCCCUCCGGACCUUCCUGCACACCGUGCAGAGGAACCAGAUGCUCAUGACGCCAACCUCAGCCUCCCGCAGCAGCGUCAUGAAAUCCUUCAUUAAGCGCAACACUCCCCUGCGCGUGGACCCUAAGUGCAGCUUCGUUGAGAAGGAGCGGCAGCGCCUGGAGAACCUGCGGCGGAAGGAGGAGGCAGAGCAGCUCCGCAGGCAGAAGGUUGAGGAGGACAGGCGGCGGCGGCUGGAGGAGGUGAAGCUGAAGCGUGAGGAGCGGCUGCGCAAGGUGCUGCAGGCCCGGGAGCGCGUGGAGCAGAUGCAGGAGGAGAAGAAGAAGCAGAUCGAACAGAAGUUUGCUCAGUUCGACGAGAAGUCUGAGAAGGCCAAGGAGGAGCGGCUGGCUGAGGAGAAGGCCAAGAAAAAGGCAGCAGCCAAGAAGAUGGAGGAGGUGGAGGCGCGCAGGAAGCAGGAGGAGGAGGCGCGGAGGCUGAGGUGGCUACAACAGGUACAAAUGCAGGAGGAGGAGGAGCGGCGGCACCAAGAGCUUUUGCAGAAGAAGAAGGAGGAGGAGCAGGAGCGGCUGCGGAAGCUGGCCGAGGCCAAGAGGCUGGCAGAGCAGCGGGAGCAGGAGCGGCAGCUGGCGGAGCAGCGGGAGCAGGAGCGGCAGCGGGAGCAGGAGCGGCUCCAGGCCGAGCGGGAGCAGCAGGAGAGGGAGAAGGCCCUGCGGCUGCAGAAGGAGCGGCUGCAGAGGGAACUGGAGGAGAAGAAGAAAAAGGAGGAGCAGCAGCGCCUGGCUGAGCAGCGGCUGCAGGAGGAGCGGGAGAAGAAAGCCAAGGAGGCGGCGGCGGCGGCCAGCAAAAGCCUGAACGUGACCGUGGACGUGCAGUCUCCAGCUUGUACCUCGUAUCAAAUGACUCCACAAGGGCACAGGGCGCCCCCCAAGAUCAACCCAGAUAACUACGGGAUGGAUCUGAAUAGUGAUGACUCCACUGAUGAUGAGGCUCAUCCCCGGAAGCCCAUUCCCACCUGGGCCAGAGGCACCCAGCUCAGCCAGGCCAUCAUCCACCAGUACUACAACCCCCCGAACCUUCUCGAGCUCUUUGGAACCAUUCUCCCGCUGGACUUGGAAGACAUCUUCAAGAAGAGCAAGCCCCGCUACCACAAGCGCACAAGCUCUGCCGUCUGGAACUCGCCACCCCUGCAGGGCACCAGGCUCCCCAGCAGCCUGGCCUACAGCCUGAAGAAGCACUGAGGCUGGCCCACCAGCCUUCUCGGCAGUCUCAGCCCGUCUGUGUCUGUCUGUCCGUCUCUCUGUUGGUCUGGUGCCCUCCUGCCUGGUCUUCUAUUGCCAAGGGUUUGGUCAUGUAUAUAAAUGUCCUCUGUGUGCUGCAGUGGAAAGUGGCCCAGGCCUGUUCGGAGGCUGCGUUUGGUGGGGGUUUGUGGGAGAACCAGGCCCAGCCCCGCCUGGCCCGCAGGCAGCACUCUGUAAAUAGAUGGUUAUAAUUCAGCUGAAUUUUAGCCUCUAGUGUUUGAGAGGUAGAUUAAUAAAGUCUAUUCCUUCAAAUCUGCUGUGGGUAUCGUGAAGACUAGGGGCCUCAGCAGAUGCUCCGGACCCUGGCCCUGCAGCCAUGUGUCUCGGGCCCCUGCAUGGGCUGGAGGACCAAGGCACUGUUCCUCCUCCUGGGUGUGCUCCAAGGUCACCUGAGACCCACCCCCAGAGAUCUGAUGCAGUGGGUGAUUCUGAUGCCUGAGAAGCACUUCAGUUCCUUUCACGAUGGGGCAGGUGAAGAUACUUCCUUUUCUCUAGGGAGCUCCCUGUUUGUAAAGGGGCGCUUGUUCAGUGUGAAAGACCUGGGAUUGAGGUCAGGAGACCUGGGCUCUUGGCACAGCUCUGCCACUUAAGACAGUCCCUCAGCCCCUCUGUGCCUCAGGCUCCCCCCUUGCUGCACAGACCGUGAAAGAACUUGAGAACGAGAUGUGUUGACGUGGGAGGUCUGAUUAGAAAGGCGAUGUCUCUUGAAACUGCCUUGGGGCCAGUGCUUGAAGCAGUCGAGAUGUUUCUCCAUCAAAACCAGGCAGCUGCUAAUGAAAUGCUUAGUGCCAGUGGAAGCUGGCCCUGGUCCUGCCCACUAGCUGCCAGCUGUGGUCCCAA